AUGAACAAGAGAGGAAAGUGUGGUAAUGAAGACAAAGCAGCCAUGUCACUUUCUGGGACAUUACCCAAACUCCCAUCGAUCCGGGAAUUGAUCAAGAUCUAUGGUCUUUCUGCAAAGUCUCAACUCAGUCAAAAUUUUAUUCUUGACAAAAACAUUACAGACAAGAUUGUACGCACAGCCAGCCUCUCAGCCGCUACACCAUUGGUAGUUGAAGUUGGUCCAGGGCCUGGCUUGUUGACACGUUCAAUUCUUGACUCUGGAGCUCCUAAUGUGGUUGCGGUAGAGAAAGAUGAUAGAUUCCAGCCUACUCUUAGGCAAUUGUCUGUGGCUUCAGGGCAUCGUCUCAAGGUUCUUCAAGGAAAUAUGCUAGAGAUACCUCACCAAGAAAUAUUAGCUGCCGGGAACAUGACAACCAAGCCUAUAGAUACUAUUAAUGCACCUAUUCAUAUUAUGGGAAAUUUGCCAUUCAAUGUUGCAUCCCCUUUGUUGGUCCAAUGGUUGCAUAUGCUUGCCAACCGAGAGGGUGUCUUUAAUUGCUAUGAUAGAGAUGUUUGGAUGACACUAAUGUUUCAAAAAGAAGUUGGAGAGCGUCUCAGUGCAGCAACAUCUACAUCCAACAGAGGAAGAUUAGCUGUCAUGGCUCAAAGCCUGUGCCACGUAAAAACAGUCUAUCAAGUACCUUCUACUGUAUUUGUACCAAAACCAAAGGUAGAUGCAAGUGUAGUCCAGUUGAUUCCUAGAAAAAGCUUUUCCGAGAAUGAUAUGGCAGGUGUAUAUCCUGUCCUUGAGAAUAUUCUUCGUUAUUUCUUCACAAAGCGUCGGAAAACAGUAGGCCACAUUUUGAGGCGCCUGAGCAAAGAGCAGCCAGCCACUAGUGCUUUAAUGGCUGAAUUGGAAACUAUAUUAGACUUUAAAGCACGACCCGAAGAUGUCCCCAAUGAACAGUUUUGUGAAGCUGCCAAGCUUUUCCAUCAGCACAACAUUGUCACUCUUCCAUUAUAG